CCUGGCGAGUGCGUUCGCUUCCAAUCAUAAUUGUCUCAUGGACUGAAAAAGGAUCGUUGGGAUUUGAAGAAUCAAGAAAACCUUAUCUUCUAUAGGAGUAGAAUUUUUCUCGAGAUUUUCAUCAUGAAGCAUACCAAACAUAUUCUCUCAUUUUUACUUAUUCAUUUCAUCAUAGCGUCAUGUUUUCCACAAUCAUUCGAUAUUCAUAAGCGUUUGAACAAAGACCAGCUUAAAAAGUAUUUUUCUGUGCAUAAUUAUGACGAAGUUCCGGAGUACAAAUUUGUCAAGAUACGAAUGAGAAAAUCCGGAUCUGUGCCAAACGAAUACCCAUCAUCCCAUGAGAUAUCUCAUAGGACCCCAGCCGAACAAGGUCAAGAUUUGUAUAUUACCACCGAGUCCGUUUUCGGGCACACUGUUCAAAUGCAACUUCUGAAGAACAACCGGCUUCUCGCACCUUCUUUCAAGGCCAUCAGAAUUGAAGGUGAAGGAUCACCUGAACAAGAGAUGGACACCAGCUACUUUCCAGUUUGUCACUACAUCGGAUCUAAUGGUAGCUUUGCAGCUGCAGUAAGCAGUUGCAGCAGCAGUUCUCUUAAAGGCCUGUCUGGACUUCUGAUGCUGCCAGAUGGAAGCGUUCAGAUUCAACCUGUUGAUCAAGACUUAGCUGAAAUUUUAGGAAUAAGUCUUCUACCAGAUAAGCGAUCUAACCAUCACGAAGAAGAUCUGCUUCAUCUAGUUUUCAAACCAUCGAAUCAAAAGAGAUUGUCUGUUCCGGAUGAAAAAUGGGAAGACGAACAAUAUAUUCCUUCUCCUCGUUCUGAAUAUGAAUUAGAUGAUGACGACAUUAUGGUGCGAUCUUUGGAUUUCGACGACAUGAAAACGGAGUCCGAUGAGUCUUUGAACGAAAUGCCACCAGAAAAAGAAGAAAAGACUAAGAGGCAAGAAAGUUACGCAAAAGGCAAGAAUCUCUAUUUGGAACUGGCCGUAUUCUUUGAUCAAAAGGGUUACGAAAUGUUCCAACCUCACGUUAAAUCUGAAGAACAACUUGUAGAUCUUAUUCUUGGUUUUGUAAAUCAGAUGCAAGCAUUAUAUCAACAGCCUUCAUUGAAGAAAAAAAUCCAGAUCAGUAUUGUGCGUCUGGAAGUGAUGAAGAAACAACCUUCUGAUUUGCCUCAUGCUGACGGUGACAGAGACAAGCUUUUGGAUUCUUUCUGCGCAUAUCAAGCCAAAAAGAACCCGGAUUCAGACAGCGAUCCAAAUCAUUGGGAUCUCGCCUUGUAUAUAUCCGGGUUAAAUUUUUAUGCCAUGGAGAAGGGAAAAAAGAAUGGCAUAACAAUGGGAUUAGCGCCAGUUGGAGGUGUCUGUUUGAAGAAACAUGCAUGUGUCAUUACUGAAUUCGGUACAACUAGCGACGACGGCCGACCAUAUCCAUCAGCAGGAUUGCUUUCGACUUACAUUGCUGCUCAUGAGAUUGGACAUAAUCUGGGAAUGUAUCACGACGGUCCUCCCAAUAAUAAGUGUCCUUCAAAUGGUCAUGUAAUGUCUCCUAGCAGAGGAACGAAAGGGGAGACUACAUGGUCCAAGUGCAGUUCAGAAGUUCUGGAAAAAUCUGACAAAAAGUGUCUGUUUGACGAACCCCAAGGAACACCCUCGAAAGAUCAAGACCACGAAAAGUUUAAAGAGAAACCUGGACAGGUGUGGGAUGCUCACGACCAGUGCAAGAUUUUCUUAAGGGAUGAAGAUGCCACUGUCUUUAACGAAACUGUGUUUUCAUCGGUGUGUCAUGAAACAUUAUGCAAGACUCCUCGAAGGAUAGGGUAUUAUGCUGCAGGACCAGCUCUGGAAGGAACUUUUUGUGGUGGAAAAAAGUGGUGCAAAAAUGGAGAAUGCGUUUCCUGGGGAUCGGAAAAAAUAAAGGUGGUCAAAGGUGGAUGGUCAGACUGGACAAAAGGCGAGUGUAAAUCAGGAUGCAUCAAGAAAUCAAGGGCAGUGACCGUAGAUAAACGGUAUUGCAGCAACCCUAAGCCACAAAAUACCGAAAAAUACUGCGAAGGUGAUAACAUUAGAGUACAUUUCUGUGAUGACUCUAAACUGUGCAAAAAUUAUGUACCUCCAGUGGAUUAUGCUAAGCAAAGAUGCGAAUUUUUCUCAAAAUAUGUACCAGACAUUACUCCAGUUGGUGUACAAGUGAAAUAUAACGAAAAACGCCAGUGGCAAUCAUGCGCUGUCUAUUGUAAAAUGAAGACUGGCACUUGGUACACCCCUCGUCAAGAAUUCAACGACAGAGGAAUAGACACUUUCUUCCCUGAUGGAACUUGGUGUCACAGCGACGGGAGGACUGACUACUUCUGCCAGAACAGACUUUGCUUGCCCCCACCAGUGAAAGGCAGAGCUCUCCUGCCAGGUGGUUACAUACCCAGAGGUCUCGAUCCAGAGGUCGAUGUUCCAGUAUUGAAUAACGCUCAUCCUAAAGGGGAAAACAGGGCACCGGAUAAGUUGAGGGAAUACUUCCAGUACAAUGAAGGACGUUUACCACCUUUGCCAGGUCCGGAUGAUUUGGGAAGACCAAAAGAAGAGGAUUACGAAAUAAUUGAUUAUGUAUCACCCAGCUUGUAAUAAAUAAACAUUUUUUUGU